ACAACCAUUGCGCCGAUCCUUGGGAACAGCUCGCUACAACACCACAAGUCGCAUUAGCCAUCGCUGGUGCCGUCUCAGCUAUACCACUGCCGCCAUGAUGGGAUCUCCGGAGAGAGGUCCAGGCACAGCUAGAACCGACGCCGCCGAUCACCUUUCCACGAACCCGCUCUCGCUCCACAAAGCUGUCCAUGGCCGCCGGACCGAGUACAUCCGUCGCAGUCGCAUACGCAUAAAGGUUGGAACCUGGAACGUUGCCGCGUGCCCCGGCACCGAUAAGGACCUGGCACGAUGGUUCGUCGACGGGGAGGGGCUGGACCCCGCGCUCGGCUCUUCCAAGCCGACGAGUCAUAAGGAGACACAAGGACGGGAAGAUCAAGACGGCUCGCCGGGCGUCGACGCUCCUGGGUUCCUCGCUGAAGACGACAAGAUUGGGCUGUAUGUCCUCGGACUCCAAGAGGUUAAUAUCCUCACGGCCCCUAGCCAGUACAUGACUUGGAUCUACGCCGCCGACGACUCGACCGCGGGCAAGUGGAAGGCGGCAUUGGAGGCGGGCUUGCCGGACGGCUAUCAGCUCGUUGCCUGCGAACAGCUUGCCGGCAUGCUGUUGCUGGUUUACGCUUCGCCCCAGAUCGCUCCACGCAUCAGCAACAUAAGCACGAGUGUCGUCGGUGCUGGCGCUCUCGGAUACCUGGGGAACAAGGGCGCCGUGUGCACUCGGAUUGUGCUGGGGGAAGUCACGCAGCUAUUGUUUGUCAAUUCUCACUUAGCGAGCGGCGUUGAGGAAUAUUAUCUUGAUCGUCGCAUAAGCCAGGCUCAACAAAUCAUGAAUCAAGCACGGUUCGCGCCUGUUUCCAUUGCAGGUGUUUCGGAGGAAGAGAAGACCAAGAUGGGAGACGAAGACUUUGCGUUUUGGUUCGGCGACCUCAAUUUCCGCCUCGAUCGGCUCCCUGGCGACGACAUCCGGCGCCUCUUGAUGCUCCACAUGCGAGGCGAGUAUGACUUGUCCAAGAGGAAACUGCGCCGAGAAAGUUCACUCGACGGCGAGCCUAUCGUUGUGCAUAAUCUCGCGGAUAGCGGCGACCAGGCCACGGACAGCGGCCCUGGUGAACGGUCUGGGCAACAACCCGAAGACAAUGCAGCCAACGCCCAGCCAGACGACGAGAACUUCUUAACCCUCCCAGAUGCAGACGAGUUCCCCCAGGACCCGCAUGAAGACCCCGCCUCGCUCCAGGCCACUCUCGACUCCCUGCUGCCUCAUGACCAGCUUCGACGGUUGAUUAAGGAGCGCAGAAUCUUCCACGACGGCUGGCGGGAAGGUCCCAUCACCUUCCUUCCCACGUACAAAUAUGAUGUCGGCACAGUUACCCUCUUCGACUCCAGUGAGAAGCGUCGGCCCCCUAGUUGGUGCGACCGGAUACUCUACCGCACACGCAAGGACUUUGAGGACUAUCGACGAAAAACCAGGGAGGAAGAGGAAGCUCGAAAGAAGGACGAAGAAAUGAAGGCUCGGGGACUGGAAGAAGCUAGCGACGACGACCAGGUCCUUUUUUCGUACGAUCCUGAUAAUGAUGGCGAUGAACAACCAAGCGCUGCCGAGUUUGAGUACGACGAAUACGACGAGGAGCCAGAUUGGGUUGACGGUCAGACUGCUGAGCACACAGGCCACGACAGGAUACAUCUGGACCUUUACACCUCCCAUCAACGGAUAACUUCGUCGGAUCACAAACCUGUCAGCAGCAUAUUCACGCUCGACUACGACGCUGUGGUGCCCGAACUCAAAGCCAACGUGCACGCGGAGGUUGCCCGAGAGCUAGACCGGGCUGAGAACGAAGGACGGCCAGGAAUCACCAUCGUGGCGGACCAUCAUGACGCCCGAGGUUCGACCAGACAUACCGGCUCCGAGUCGUCAGCAUCCAUUGCCUUUGGAGAAGUGCGAAUGCUGAAGAAAUACACGUCGUCCUUAACAUUAGCGAAUACCGGCGGAGUACGGGCAACCUUGUCCUUUGUCGAGAAGCCAACCGUCGAGGACUCAGGGGGGGACGGAACAUCCCAAUUGCAAUGGUUGAGAACAUCGUUUAUACAUCCCGAGGCAACCGCGGACGAUACUGGGCCAGUGGACAUGGGCAGUGAGGUGUCCCUCGAGCCCGGGGAGACAGUGGUUGCCAUACUCGAUGCUCUGGUUGACGACGUUGCGGAUGCCCGGCUGCUCAACCAUGGGGAAGCUGCUCUGGAAGAGGUCUUGGUUCUCCGUGUGGCGGACGGUCGAGACCACUUCAUUCCGGUCCGGGCAACGUGGGCGCCAACUUGCAUCGGUCGCUCGAUCGAAGAGCUCAUCCGUGUCCCCGACGGUGGAAUCCGGCCUUUUGCUCAAUCCCUCUCUGAAGGAAAGGGCAGCCUGGGCGCAGUCCCAUACGACCUGCCCGUCCAUCGCCCCGCACCAAAAGAACUCUUCCAACUCACAGAAGCCAUCGAAACCCUCACCCAGCGAGUCCUCGCCGACGUUCAGAUGCUAGAGGACUGCACCAUCCCAUCUGACCCCGGCUGGCCUUUUGACGAAGCCACCUACCAAGCUGCCGACCACGACACCCGCACCGGCCACAUCAUCUCCAUUCUCGACGCCCUUGACAUCGGCACUUCCAUCGCCUCUGCAUUUCUCCCGGAAACACCCGCCUUCGAACGCCUCGAAGCAACCGCCCAGGCCCUCCUGCUCUUCCUCCGCGGCCUAACCGACGGCGUAAUACCCGCCGAGCUGUGGCACCGCAUCGAGCAGGCCGCGCCAUCCAUCCCAUCCCUGGCCAACCCGAAUAACGCGUCAUCGAUGGACGAGUCGGCUCACGACGAAGACCGCACAACCAUUCUCGAUAUCCUGCAGUCGGCGCCGCAUCACAAUAUUUGCUUUGUCUUUCUGACGACUACUCUCGCGAGGGUCGUGGCAGAGCUGGAGAUGAUCAAGGCGGACUCGGCCUCUGCCGGGGCCCCCGCGCGUGGAUUAGGACUGGGCGGUGUUUUUGGUGGUGUUGGGAGGAAGUCGCUUAGCUUUGUCAGGCGCGGGACUGCUAGUGCUGGUGUUGGUGGCUGUGUGGGGGACGCGUGGGCCGCGUUGGAGAGGAGACGGGCGAGGGAGCGGAGGGUGGCGGAGGUCUUUGGGGAAAUUGUGUGUCGAAGUGGAAAAGGGGUUGAAGGGGCUGGCGCGAAGGGUCGGAGGGCGGCGGCGGGGAGGAAGAGGGCUGUUGUCGAGGUCUUUUUGAGGCGGAGGGGCGAGUAGGUUUACCUCAGGGGCGGUUCGUUUCG